AGGCGGGUGUGCAGAGCUCUGUUUCCGCCCGGGCGUCGGGGGCUGCAGGGUAGCCUUUCGCCGCCAUGCGGGGCACCGGGCGCUGACAGACCUUCGGGCUCGGUGGGCGGAAUGGAGAAUCGGAGUGUCCCUCCCGGGCCUUAUCGGGCCACUAAGCUGUGGAAUGAAGUUACUACAUCUUUUCGAUCAGGAAUGCCUCUCAGAAAACACAGGCAACACUUUAAAAAAUAUGGCAAUUGUUUUACAGCAGGAGAAGCAGUGGACUGGCUUUAUGACCUAUUAAGAAAUAAUAGCAAUUUCGGUCCUGAAGUUACAAGGCAACAGACUAUCCAGCUACUGAGAAAAUUUCUUAAGAACCAUGUAAUUGAAGAUAUCAAAGGAAAAUGGGGAUCAGAAAAUCUUGAUGACAACAGUCAGCUAUUCAGAUUUCCUGCAAAUUCUCCACUUAAAACUCUUCCACGAAGGUAUCCAGAAGUGAGAAAAAACAGCAUAGAGAACUUUUCCAAAGAUAAAGAUAGUAUUUUUAAAUUACGAAAUUUAUCCCGUAGAACUCCUAAAAAGCAUGGAUUACAUUUCUCUCAGGAAAAUACAGAGAAAAUGAAUCGUGACAUGAUCAGUGAAGAUCAAGAAAACUCAGUUGAUAAUAGAGAAAUAAACCAGAAAGAUGUUGAAGAAGUUUGGAGACAUGUUGUUCUGAUCUACCUGCAAACCAUUUUAGGUGUGUCAUCCCUGGAAGAAGUCAUAAACCCCAAACAAGUAAUUCCACAAUAUAUAAUGUACAACAUGACCAAUACAAGUAAGCAUGGAGUAGUUAUACUACAAGACAAAUCAGAUGACCUUCCUCACUGGGUAUUAUCUGCCAUGAAGUGCCUAGCAAAUUGGCCAAGAAGUAAUGAUAUGAAUAAUCCAACUUAUGUUGGAUUUGAACGAGAUGUAUUCAGAACAAUUGCAGAUUAUUUUCUAGAUCUUCCUGAACCUCUACUUACCUUUGAAUAUUAUGAAUUAUUUGUGAACAUUUUGGUUUCAGAUAGAUCCAGUGGGCUACAUAAAAUCCAAGAUGAUCCACAGUCUUCAAAAAUCCUUCACUUAAACAGUCUGAAUUCCUUCAAAUCAACUGAGUGUCUUCUUCUCAGUCUGCUUCAUAAAGACAAAAACAAAGAAGAAUCAGAUACUACUGAAAGACUGCAGAUAAGCGAUCAAGGAUUUCAAGAAAAAUAUGCUAAGAAAAUGCAGCUAGUUAAUUUAAAAUACAGAAGAGCCAGUGCUAAUGACAUAAUGGGAGGAAGUUGUCAUAAUUUGAUAGGCUUAAGUAGUAUGCAUGGUCUAUGCUCUAAUAUCAAACCAAGGUGCUAUUCAUUAGAAGGAAUUAUAGAUUUACCAGGGAAUUCAAGUAAAGAGGUCUCCAGUGUCUUCCAUCAAUCUGUUCUGAACAUAGAAGGACAAAAUAAUAAACAUUUCUUAGAAUCUAAGACCAAACAGGAAUCCUCAGUGAGUCUUCAUUCAGAGCAAAGUAUUCAAAAGCCACUCUGUGUUGGUUUUAAGAGAACCUCUACUUUGACCAUUCAAGACCAAGAGGAGUUAUGUAAUGGGAAAUGCAAGUCAAAACAGCUUUGUAGAUCUCAGAGUUUACUUUUAAGAAGUAGUACAAGAAGGAAUAGUUAUAUUAAUAUGCCAGUGGCUGAAAUUAUCAUGAAACCAAAUCUUGGACGAGGCAGCACAAGUGUGCAAACAGCUAUGGAAGGUGAACUCCGAGAGUCUAGUACCACAAUCAAUAAAAGACUCUGCAAAAGUACAAUAGAACUUUCAGAAAAUUCUUUACCUCCAGCUUCUUCUGUAUUGACUGGCACACAAAGUUUGCUGCAACCUCAUUUAGAGAGGAUUGCCAUCGAUGCACUACAGUUGUGUUGUUUGUUACUUCCCCCACCAAAUCGUAGAAAGCUUCAACUAUUAAUGCGCAUGAUUUCUCGAAUGAGUCAGAAUGUUGAUAUGCCCCAACUUCAUGAUGCAAUGGGUACAAGGUCACUGAUGAUACAUACUUUUUCUCGGUGUGUGUUACGCUGUGCUGAAGAGGUAGAUCUUGAUGAGCUUCUUGCUGCAAGAUUAGUUUCUUUCUUGAUGGAUCAUCAUCAGGAAAUUCUUCAAGUACCCUCCUACUUACAGACUACAGUGGAGGAACAUCUUGACUACUUAAGAAGGGGCCACGUAUGUAUCAUUAAAAAUCCUAGCGAUGUCUUGAUUGCUCCUUUGCCAACAUAUUCAUACUGUAAACAGAUUAGUGCUCAGGAGUUUGAAGAACAAAAAGUUUCUACCUCUCAAGCUGCAAUUGCAGAACUUUUAGAGAAUAUUAUUAAAAACAAGAGUUUGCCUCUAAAGGAGAAAAGGAAAAAACUAAAACAGUUCCAGAAGGAAUAUCCCCUGAUCUAUCAGAAAAGAUUUCCCACGUCUGAGAGCGAAGCAGCACUUUUUGAUGACAAACCUACAAUCAAGCAACCCAUGCUAAUUUUAAGAAAACCAAAGUUUCGUAGUUUAAGAUACUAAUUGGAUUGAAAAUUAUGUAAUACUUGUGGAACUUUAGUAAGUGGAACCAUAUCUAAGAAUCCAGCUACUAAAAAGGAAGUCUGCCUAUUAAUAAGGCUUUUCUAAAUAAAAGAAAUUAUGUCAGGAGGUGCCAAAAUAGUUUUUAUCAGCAUGAAACUGCUGAGAAACUUGUGGAUCUCAACUGAGAGCAAAUAACAAUAGGUGAUACCAGGUAUUUUAACCAGAAAUAAUCUUUUGUUUUUUAUACAAUUAUCUGAAAAAGCUAUCGUGGUGUGUGCUAAAAUUUCAUUUACUUGAAUUUUGAAAACUGACAUGUGCUCAAGAUUAAGCUGUAAUUCUAUUUAAAAAACUUAUCUGCACAUAUGCUUAUGGAUAUGAGCUUAAAGAACUAGUUGUUUAGGAUUACUUUUGUUUCUAAAUCUAAGAAUGUGAAGAAUAUUUGAAAAUUCAGUGAGUUAAUUUUCAACUGCUAAAUAUUGCACUCUUGUAUAUUCUUUUUCUAUUUUUGAUCUAUUUAUCUAUGUGUGUGUUUAAAAUAUGUAUAUAUAAGACUUUGGUUUGCCUUAAACAUUUAUCCUAACUACUUCAGUUAUUUUUUUUUUAAUUAAUAUCUUUUUUCAUUCUUCAUGGAUCUACUAGAAGAUAGAUAUGAAAGUAGUAUAAGGCAAUCGUGUUUAUUUAAAAGAUAUUUAUUUAGCAACUACUAUGACUAUGUGCCUUUUCAUUCUUCAAGAAGUGGAGACAAUGAUGAAUAAAACAGAAAAGUCUCUUCC